AUGCAGAGCCUAGCAACUUCUUCUUCUCUUACCCUCCCUCCUGCUGCUGCUCUCCCCCGUGCGACCCACAAUCUUGUGGAUGACUUUUUCGGCUCGCGCGAAAGCCGACACGACAACCACCGCCUCUCUCUGGCCGAGUCGGUAUCUCCUCCGCCAUAUGUCGAAUGCCCGGAAUAUACCUUCCGUGCCCCAGAGCCCGUCACUCUGGCGAUGUACCUAUUCAAGUUCGGGUUCUUCUUCCCCCCGUUCUGGAUUCUUGGCGUCAUUAUUCUCAUGUCGCCUUUGCGAGCCCCACCUGCUGGCCCGCCCUCUGCUUCCUGGCUUCCCGAAAAGACCGACGCGGAACGCCAGAUGAUCAUUGAACGCAUGCGCACUACGGAGCUCAAGUGGGCUCGACGCUGCUUAUACGCCCUCGUCGCUUAUAUCAUCAUCGGUGUUGUGGCAGGUGUCGCUAUCUGGGCAACUUUACGCUCAUGA